AGUGAUGAGCAGAGCACAGUAGUAGCAUAGUGAUAGUGUAGGCAUACCAAUUAGCAUGCUUUACUUGCUGUGCUAAACAACCUAACCUUGUUGUUAUCUUACUCCUUUUUAUUUGAGACCCCCCCUCCCCUCCCCUCUUUGUCUCAGGUUGCGUGCCUUAUGCUCUCUAUUCCCCUUGCUGGAAUCUCCAUACCCUUUUUAAGUAAGAAACAGAAUCAGCGUGCAAAUAUAACACUACUACUCCUCUUCAGCUCUGUCUUUAACGUGGCUGCAAUGGAUGAAAGCUCAAGAAAUGACAUGAAACUUGAACUCAGGCUUGCUCCACCUGGUGCUGAAGAACAACAACACUGGGGUUUCAUUAAUGGCAUCAGAACAACAACAACAAAGAGAGAUGAAUCUUCUGUGCUAUCUCUUGGUUACUUCCCUCAUGCAACCAUAACCACAACUACUACUACUUCUUCUUCUUCACAAGCAGCAGCACUACCGUUGCAUAAUAAUAAUGCAGACAAGAAAGUUGCAAAUACAGCUGUUCCCAACACUUCUCAGAAAAGAACUGCUCCAGGUCCAGUAGUGGGUUGGCCUCCAAUCCGUUCAUUCAGGAAGAACCUUGCAAAUAGCAGCAGCUCUUCAAAGUCACCUCCUCCUCCUCCUGAGCACCAUAACAAGGUGGUGGUUGGUGGUGGUGGUGGUGGUGGUGGAAAAGGCAUGUUUGUCAAGAUCAACAUGGAUGGUGUUCCCAUUGGUAGAAAAGUUGACCUCAAUGCUUACGAUAGCUAUGAAAAUCUCUCCAAUGCUGUGGACCAACUCUUCAAAGGCCUUCUUGCUGCUCAAAGAGAUUCCUCUGGUGGUGGAGUUAACAAGCUACAAGAGGAAGAGAAAGUGAUAACAGGUUUAUUAGAUGGAAGUGGAGAGUAUACUCUUGUUUAUGAGGAUAAUGAAGGAGACAGGAUGCUUGUUGGGGAUGUGCCAUGGCACAUGUUCGUAUCAACAGUGAAGAGGCUGCGAGUCUUGAAGAGUUCUGAGCUUUCUGCCUUUACCCUUGGUGGUAAGCAAGACAAAGAUGCAACUUGACUACUGGGAAGUUGUUGAAGAAUAAUGAAUGAUCUAAUUUGACGUUUUGGAAUGAAAAGUAGUUGCUUAAUUACAUUACAUCAACUGAGUAAUGUUUAUGAAUGUGUCUAUCUUUUGAUUUCUAUGAAUAUUUGAAAUGGUUCUCUGGAUUGUAUAAAUAGGGAAACAAAAACAAAACUAAACGGAUGUGUAUGUGUACUCAUGAUUUUGUGUUGAGUAACAAUUAACUUCUUUUGCUUU